AACUACACUUUCUCUCUCCUCUCUCCUGCACUUUUUAUCACUUUUCCCAUUAAUUUAUUCACCUUCUCUCAAACAACUCAGCCCCCAAAAUCCCAAUCUUUUUCUGCUCAGAGAGAGAGAGGGCGCAAUUCCUUCGAGAAAGUAAUAAAGUAACCUGGCGUUUCUGAUCCGAAGGGAAUUUAUCCACCCCUGUUUCCAGUAUCUUUAUCGGUUACUUACUGAGGACUGUUGCAUUUGGUGGCAUCAUUUUCAUUCCUUUUCGGGUUUUGAUAUUCGUAAAUCGUAUAGUGUUAUAUAUCCAAUCGUGGAGCAUUGCCCAAGUUCAUCGUGAUUCUCUAGAGUACCUGGUUUCUGGGGCCGAAUAAGUUGUUAGACGAAACUGUCCAAAUUGAAACAUGGGUUAUCUUUGUGAUUUCUGUGGGGAGCAAAGAUCCAUAGUGUUCUGUCGGUCUGAUGCAGCUAGUUUAUGUUUGUCUUGUGACUGCACUGUCCAUUCUGCAAAUGCCCUCUCUAGGCGUCACUCGAGGACACUUGUUUGUGAAAGAUGCAAUUCUCAGCCAGCUUUUGUUCGAUGCAUCGAGGAGAAGGCAUCACUUUGCCAGAAUUGUGAUUGGAUGGGACAUGUUAACUCAAAUGUAAGUCCUGCACAUAAGAGACAGCCUGUUAAUUCUUACUCCGACUGCCCUUCAGCUUCAGAACUUUCUGCUGUUUGGCCUUUUCUCUUCAAUUCUCCCCCAGUCGGAGAUGCUGCGUGUGAGCAGGAAAUGGGUUCAAUGAGUAUUAAUGAUAAAAGAACAAUAGAUCGCCAAGACCCCCAAGAAAAAGCUAACAUUCAGAAUGAAUCAUUACGGGUGGAAGCUAGCAGCCAGCUUAAUAUGGACUUGGAUAAAUCAGCAGGUUGGAUGGAGUCAUUAAAUCCUCUUGAUCAGCCGACUGCAUCUACUAGCUCUUCCAUGCUCAAGGCUCCCCUAUCAGCAGCAAAAGGGCGUGCUUUGUAUGAGGAUGAUGGUUGCUAUGAUAAUCUCAAUAUGGAUGAGAUUGACUUGGGUUUUGAUAACUACGACGAACUUUUUGGUAUGGCUCUUGAUAAUCCAAAAAAUAUUUUUGGUAACGAUGGGAUAUUUGGGAUGAAAGACAUGUCUACAUCCAACUGUCAAGGUGCUUCCGCUGCUGAGGUAUCAUCAACUGGAGGGUUGAAUCCGACGCGACCAGCUUGCAGCAAUGUAGCAUCUGCAGAUUCUGUUAUUAGCUCCAAAACUGAACCCAACUUAUGUUUCACAAAGCAGGCACACUCGGGCCUCUCAUUUUCCGGUCUUACUGGGGAAACCACUGGUGCAGAUUAUCAAGAUUGUGGAGUUUCAUCAAUGGCGAUCGUGGGGGACCCACCAUGGUACCCUCCAGGUCCUGAAAGUUCCAUACCUUCUACUAGCAGGACCAAUGCUGUCAUGCGGUACAAAGAAAAGAAGAAGUCAAGGAUGUUUGAGAAGAAGGUGAGGUACGAGUCCCGCAAGGCAAGAGCAGAUGUACGGAGGCGUGUGAAGGGACGCUUUGUCAAGGCUGGUGAAACUUAUGACUAUGAUCCACUGAGCCCAAGCAAGAGCUACUAAGGGAAAAAGAAAUCAAGGAUAGAAAGGAGCAAUACUAAAUGUAUGACCGAAACCUUCCUUGAUGGUGAUAUAUGGUAUGAACAGAUACCGCUGGUCGACUCAUGCUGAUUUCUCCUUCCCCCUCUAUAGCUCCAAAUGUUUAUUCACCAUGGAAGGAGACGAGAAUCCCCCGACUGCACUGCACUCACCAGCUAGUUUAGAUUAGUAUUGCCAGUGAGGAUAAGGGAAAGAGCCUCCUUUCAAGGUACACAUUUUUCAUUAUAUUAAUUUAUCUAGUGGAACAACAAUUCUUCGCGGCCAGUGCAUAUUCGCGUGUAGAUGGCAGGGAUCGGAUUUGCCCAGUCGAGGAAACUCUGGUUGUUCGUAUGCAAACGUCGUAGUAAAUAGUGUCUGUCUGAGAGCUUUGGUGGACUAGAAGAAAGGAUGAACUGUGUUGCUAUGUGUUUUUUCUCCUUUCCCCCCAUGUUAGAUGACAUGUAUAACUCAUUCAUUAUAGCUGUAGUGUUAGCACGAAGGCUGAGAUUUGUUGUUUUUAUAAAAGCCUCAUUUCUUAUUUGUUUAUACAUGUAGACACCAAUUGGUGAAUUUUGUUGUGAUGGUUUGAAUGUGGUGUUUUUCACCUGCUUGCUAUUUUAUAAAUAGAGAAAAUUUGUGUUUUAA